CGGUGGGAAAGACACUACAACAUCAGUCCCUAAAGAAGACAUAGUCCGUAGCGACGUGAGGUUGGAUGACCUCCUCCUGGUUAUUUGUGCUCCCGCAAGCAAUGUAGUCUGUAAGACGACCACAUCUCGCGGCCAAAGAUCAACAUGGUCUAUAGCGCCAACCGAAAAAAAAAUAAUAAAAAAAUAUAUGUAUAUAUAUUGUUGUAAGAUAGGCAUCCAGUUACUAAGUACACCAAGCAGUUAAGUAGCUGAUAAGAGGCCUAGAUGGAGGGGAUGGUACGUCACGGGAGUCAGAUAGUACCGGCUCAGUCUGUGAUGUUACUAACUGUGUACUGCCUCGCUCUGUCCCUAGUCUACAAGUGGAGGCGAUGUCUCUCCGCCGGGCUAGGCGGCGUAGUGAAGAGCCAGAGUCCCUCACCCCCUCUGACCCAGGGCAAGAGAGGGCUAAGUCCCGACACGUCCGACCCGACCAAGCCCAUAACAGAGAUGCCUUCGAUGGAGAUGGCGCGGGCAGGCUGGGUGCUGCGAACCCUGCUGCUCAACGAGCAGGAGCAGGUGCUGCGGGAGCGGAAGACUGCUGGGGGGAGGAUGAGCGUCCCGAUGGCCGCCUCCGGGUCGGAGCUGGUGUCCUGGCUGAUCAGCCUGGAGGCGGGGCUCGACCGCCAGCGCGCCACCACCAUGUGGCAGGCCCUCCUCGAGGAAGGCAUCAUCUUCCACGUUACUGGAGAGCACGAGUUCAGAGACAAAUGUGUGCUCUAUCAGUUCCGAUCAGACCGGGACGGUAUUGCAGGAGGAUGUACUACGCCUCAGGACAUUGCUGAAGCAGAAGAGCACCUCCAGGAGUGUCUGGCAGAUCUGGCUGACAGAGGGCCAGAUGCAUGGCUUAGAAUGGUCCUACGAAAAUCGAGUAAUGACAGGACUGCUGAUGACUUGGAAAUAAUAUAUGAAGAGCUUCUUCAUAUGAAGCCAUUAAGUCAUCUCAGUAAUUCAAUGAAGAGGGAGCUAGCCAGCGUAAUCAUGUUUGAAGCACAUCCCCGUCCAGGAAGUGUGGUGUUUGAGCAAGGAGAAGAAGGAAGAUCAUGGUACCUAGUGCUGUGUGGUUCCGUUGACGUUGUGAUACAUGGUAAAGGAGUUGUCGCAACGUUACACGCAGGAGAGGACUUUGGCAAACUGGCUCUUAUAAAUGAAGCCCCUAGGGCUGCCAGUAUAAUUGUAAGAGAAGAUAACACACACUUGUUAAGAGUUGGCAAGGAUGACUUCAACAGGAUCUUGAGGGAUGUUGAGGCUAACACUGUACGAUUAAAAGAGCACGGAAAAGAUGUGUUGAUUUUAGAAAAAAGCCAGGGUCCGCAUUCUUCUGUUAAAUAUGUCGUCAUGGCAUGCACUCCAGCGAGAAUGGUUGAGCACCUUCUGGACUCGAGGCUUGAUAGUGGAUCAAUAGACCCAGCUCUGGACGACUUUCUUCUCACCCAUGAACUGUCGAAUGAUGCAAGCAGCGAAGGAUGGGAAGAGGCUGCACUGAUGCACAGGCUAAUUAUAUUCCGUGUUUACUGCGCUGACCACACAUAUUGCACCCUGAGAUUACCCGUGUCUGCGACAGCAGAGCAAAUAAAAGUGUGUGCUGCUGACAAGCUUGGCUUGAGAGUGAGGCCCGAGGAUCUGAUCCUUGCUGAGCUCAAGUCUAACGGUGAAAGAGUCAAUUUUAGGGACGUGGAAGUUUCCGUGCCAACCUCACUCAGUUUAAACGGAAGAAUUUUUGUUGCUCCAAAGGACCAUCUUGAUGCUUUGACUGUGAUAGCUGAACAAGAAGCUCCAACAGAAGGAGUUGAACUUGAUUUAGAAGAUGUCAGUGCCAAAGAAAUGGCCUACCAUAUGACCAUUUGCAAGCAGUACCACAACAUUAAUGGAAUGUUUGCUCUUGUCCUCGGGUUGUCGAAUAUGGCUGUGUCCCGACUGUCACUGACAUGGGACAAGCUGCCAAGCAAGUCUCGAAAGCUUUAUAUGCAGCUUGAAGCAACGAUUGACCCCUCGAAGAAUCACAGAGCCUACAGAGGAGUCGUUUCCAGUAUGGACAGUCCCCUUGUUCCAUUUAUGCCACUCCUGCUAAAAGUCAUCGAAGAUCCUCCAACGCCCAAAAAUGAAUCAGAAGUGCGUGCCUAUGUCCGAUGUCUUCGAACAAUUGACAACCAAAGGACUCUUACGAGCUUAUCUCAAAAAUUAGAACCAAGAAGAUCUUAGAACCUGUUGUUAAUUCACUAGGUUGAUGAAACAAGCUUAAAAACUAAAGUUUUUUAUUGUACAGAAUGGCCGAAUUUAACCAAACAAAUGUUUUUUAUUAAAUUGACCUCUGGCCACUAGUUCUGAUAGAUUUCCUAAAAUUUAGUUACUGACAUAUGCAGUAGAAUUGAUUUUGUUACUUUAAAAACAAAAAAAAAAUAAAUAAAAAAAAAAGAAGAAAAUUAUCGAUUGGAUGAAAAGUGUAAUUCAGUAGUAUAAAAUUUUAUAUCAACUUGAUUAUGCUCUCUGAAUCUUUUCACUUAUUUAUUAUUUAGAAAAAUAUCAUCUAAUAAUUCUGCUGCAUUUAGGAAUUAAUAUGUUUAAUUUGAUUUGUGUUUGAAUGUCUAUUAUUUAUGUGUCGCUAAAUAUUUAUUAAAAAUCUUAAAUAUAGAAAAAUUAUUAUACUGAUAUUUUAAAAUGGUAUUCAACAUAUAGAUUUGUUAUGAAUUAUCUUUUUUUUUUUACUUAUGAUAACUAAUAUUUUCAAAAAUGAAAAAAAAAAUAUAAAACUUUUUGAAGUGUUAAUCUCAUUUUUAUUUUUUUUAAUGAGAAAUGAAAUUAAAACGUGUGUGCAUGGUGAAAAAAAUUAGUAGGUUAAGGAACUGUGAAACCAAAGAUAUGUUAACCCUUUUUAUUAAUCUUGUCAUUUAUAUAUAUAUAUUGUAAUUUUGUAUAUUUAAUGUUAUAUAACUAAUUAUAACCUUAAAAUUAUGUUAAAAAAAUAAAAUAAAAAUUGAGAACACCAAAGUAGUAAUGUUAGAAAUGCAAUAUUUUGUAUAUACAUACAAUUAACUAAAAAUCUCUUCUUUUGUAUUGUACUUUAUUUUACAUUCUAGUCAUACAGUAGCUGUUAUAAUGAUAUAUAUAUCUGUGUAUGUAACAAUGAUAGGUUUUAAAAAGUGUUCUUGAAACAGUUUUGAAUCCUACUGAAGGCCAAUUAUGACAUGUUGAUUUAUAUGGAAAAAUACAUGUUGAGUAGGUUAGGAUGCUGCUACCCUAUUUUUUUAUAUCUCCGCUCCUUUAAUAAAUGAAUUUGAUAUAUAAUCACUAUUUUUUUUUUUUUAGUUUCUUAGUGUGAAGCGUUUUAGUUCAGUUGAGUUCUUUACAAUUUUCUUCUUUAAUGCAAUUUUCUAUUAUUGUGUGUAUGCUAUAAUUUUUCUGUGUAUACUGUAAUAAUCGAAUGAAAAUGGGUUGAUGAUAAAAUUCUUUUUAUGUUUUGGAUAAAAAUUUUCAUUUUAUAUUCAGAUAUAGGAAAAAAGGACCCAUAGCAUUGAUUUAAUUCUUACCAGAAUAUUUUCAGUGAUUUAUUGAUUCUAAAAAGAGCUAAUGCCAGUUCUGUCUAAGGCCAAAAGUGUUUGGAAAUUAAAAAUACUCAACUCUUUUUUUUCAAAUUAGUUUUAUAAGCAUUAGUAGUUCUUUUAAAGAACUUUUUUUUCUUUUUUUUAUUAUCUCAAUUAAUUUAAACUCCCAUUUUUUCACUGGGUUCUUUUACUUCAAACCACCAACUAUUUAUCUUAAUAUACAUUUUUUUUUUUAAUGCUUUGCUUGUGAUUCAUUUCUACCUUAUUUCGGUUAAAGCAAUCACUAUACAAAAUUUGGCAUCAUACUUGUUUAUUAUAAGGUUACUUUUGUUCAUUACCUUGGUUAAAACCCUUUAUAAUAACUGUGAUGGUAAUACUCCAUAAUAUCAGCAACUGACACAAAAUAAACCAAAACUAUUCAUAGAUUUGUUAUAGAAAUAUUGAAAUUUUGAUUAUUUAAUGCUGUUGUAUGUAAUAUAAAUAAAAGAAAAACUAUUUCCCAAUUCUAGUCACCACAGAAAAAAUAAAUAAACUAAAUGAUUCCAUCUAUUCUAUGAAUGACUCUAGCUAUUCUGGGGUAUUACCAUUGUCAGAUUAAAGUCAAUAAUUUUAUUUGUUAUUUAUCGAAAUUAUAUUAAAUUAACUGAAUUGACAAUCAAUUAACAUUCUAAAGAUUUUGAAUUCCUUCAAUGUGAAAUAUAAGUUAAUAUUUUCUGUUUAAUGAUUCUGACUGUUAAUAUAUUUAGACCUGUGAACUAUAUUUGCAUAUUACUUAAAUGUCAGUAUUUAAACAAACAUAAAAAUCCGAUAACUCUAAAUAAAUUGUUUUAAUUUUCUUUGUAAUUUGAAAUAAAUAAAAAUAUGAGUGCCUUUAAUAUAUAAAUAUAUAUGUAUAUGUCUAAAACAAAAAAAAAAAAAAUGUUUUGCUCUUCAUGUCUUAUGUUACAGAAGAUGUAUUAUUUAUUGUACUACGCAGUGUAACAAUAUGUAAAAUAUCCAAGAGAAAAAUAGUUUGGCUUCACUUAUCAAAACUAUACAUGUGAUGUUGAUGAUGGGUCCAUCUUUGAAAUUAUUUAUACUUUAUCUAAGUCUGUUUAUAUUUACAUAUGUAAGAAAACAAAUAUAUUUUUCCCAAUCAUAGUGGGAUGUGUUCGUAGGUAGCUAGACUAUAUUCUGUCUUAAAGUUCUAUGAUAGCAAUGUACAUGCCAAUGUAUAUGAAUCAACCUUUAAAUGGCUUCCUAUUAUAAAUAUAUACCUUAACUUUCUUUAGGUUAAUGAAAAGUAGGCAUAUAUUUGCUGUAAAAUUGUAAGGAUAACUCCAAAAUGACAUAAAUUUGUCCUUCAUAUGGACUCGUUUCUAAUGAACGUUUAAUCUUGCACUGUAAUUAUGAUUAGGUAUUUAUAAUUAUUUACAGUAAUAAAAAUAUCUCUAUUGUAUGUUAUUUUUUUGUAAUAAAAUUGUGAAAAUGAUGAA